CCGCGGAUACCGACAAUUGGAGCGUUGGAGGAGAAGCAGAGGAAAUCCAUAGCAGCACAGCUUCGCGAGACAGCUGGGAGUCCGAUCGAUUUGGAGGAGCGGCACAACCUGGUUAAUUCCGAGGACUUUGGGAGCGCGAACAAGGCCGAGUUCUCCGGCUCGAUUAUAGCCCGUGAUGUUCUGGGGCCUUGGCGGAUUAACGUCAUGGCCACCUCGGACGCCAUCGGCGCUGUUGCCGCUGCUGUUCGGCACGUCCGGUGCCCCAAGUGCCACAGCGUGCUCCAGGAGCCCGCCGGAUUCCCCGUGUACCAAUGCGGCGGCUGCGGCGCCAGCCUCCGAGCCAGCCCCCGUGCCGCCAGUAGCCCUCCAGCUCCAGAGCCCCCCGCGGACGUCCGCGCUGCCGAUGCCGCUUCGCCGGACAGCGUCCUCCCGGCCCCGCCGCAGCGGAGCCAGAGCAAGGGCGAGGCCGGCGAUGUCGCGAGCACCAGCGCCGCCGCUGCCCUCGACGCUCCGACGGAGAACGCCGGUGAUGUCGCGCCUGAGGUGAAGCCGCCGGUCGUCGAGGAGAAGGGACAUGAUCGUCGUCGGAGCGCCGACCGGGAAGCGGGUGCGAGCUCUGAGUCUCGAAGGGGAACGGGAGGGGAUGCCGUCCGUGCAGAGCGCGGCGCCGAUGCCAGCUUCUCCGGCGGGAGCAGAGACGCCGCCGCAGAUUCAGAGACGAGGAGGGAAGAAGAAGCCGAUGUUGCCGCGAGGAAGAAAGGUUCAGGCGAGACGGCACCGGCGCCGUCGAGACCACGGUCCCGGAAUCUCGAAGAAGCCCCGUCAAUGUCUGCUCCUGCCGCAGAGGAUUCCCGACCUGCGCUGAAGUCGAGACGGGAAGACGAUGCCGCGGCGGCGGCAGAGGAAAAGGCGCCGAGCCCGCCUCGCCACGCGCUGAGCCCGCUCCACGAGAAGAUCCUCAAGACGGUGGACGAGCUCAAGGGCGACCUCACGGAGCUUUUCAGCCAACCUCCGGAGGCCGUCGUCAAGCCAAGGAUGCCUCCGCGGCCUCCUCGCCAGCAUCUUCUUCCCAGGCAGCAGCAAGAACGACGCCACGUGCCCCGUCCGGCGGCCAUUCCAACCACCAGAGCUCGCCCUGCCGCCGCCGCCGCUCCCCGCGGCCUGCCGUCGCGGCGGUACCGCCGGUGCAGGGCCGACCCGUGCGGCCACAACGCGCGCCCUGCUGGAUCACCAUGCCAUGCCCACCACAGCUGCUGCUGCCGGGACCGGCAUUGCUGCGGGUCGCACAGGCCGCGGGAGGAGAAGGCGGCGGCCAUGGCGGAAGCGGCGGCGACGAAGCGGCGAGCGGCGCCGCCGACGAGGCUGCAGCAGCACUGCAGGCCGGUGCUGAAGGGCGCGCCGUUCAUCGUCUGCUCCAGCUGCUUCGCGCUCGUCCAGGUGCCCGCGGGAUUCGCCGUGUCCACCCACAUGGUGCGCGAGCUCCGGUGCGGCGCCUGCUCCGCCGUCCUGUCCUACUCCUACCGCGACCGGGACCGAGAAGCGAAGAAGAACCCCCCGCAUCCCCCGCAGGAGAACGGCCAUGGCGCGCGGCGGCCGGACCUGUUCGCGUUCAUCGACGACUUCGCGGCGCCGAGCAGCUACUCCACCACGGAGGACGACGAGCCGCAGCCGGAGCAGCCGCUGCACGUGUCGCGGAACUCGUCCUUCGAAUUCGAGGCGGAGAAGCCGCAGAAGCAGAGGAACAGCCUGCACCGGCUCAUGGGGUACGGCUCGGCGCGGGAGCUGCUUCUGCUGCCGCGCUCCCCGAGCCUCUACGAGCACAGGAGCGUCGACGACGAAGAAGCCAAGAGGACGCCGACGAGGGGCACGAGCAGGCGGCACGAGCACGGCGGCGACAGGAAAGGGAAGGGCGUCUGCCUCGACGCCGACACGGACGACGGCGAGGACGAUUCGGACGACGCCGGCGCGCUGCGGCGGCGGUCGUGGCUGCACGGGCGCGGCGGCAGGGGGGUUCCGCUGCCGCCGGGAGCCAUCAGGAUCAGGUCGUAGCAGAGCAGAGCAGAGGGGGAUCGACUGACAGACAGACUCGUAUAUACUGUAGGGAAAGAUGGGUUCAUUCAGAGUUUCAGACCAUGGGAUUCAGAAUUCUGAUGGGGAUUUUUUCAGCUGUUCGAAUUUCAGACUGACAGGGAGUACAUUGAUUUGCGUCCAUUUUUUAGGCAGGUGAGAGGGAGAUUGUGUAGGCGCAUCGGCAUAGUUUGCUAAUUUACAUUAUUUUUCAAAUGUAACAGUGUUACAAAAAAAGUGUACAUAUUGUUGCAUUUUGGAGAUUGAAAGGAAGAUAUUCAAGUCCGUAUGUUGGGUA